UUUAUUUUUUUGCAUUUAAAGCGACGACUCCGUCGGGCACACAGUUAGUGGCAUCUGAUACGAAGAGACACGUUUGCCGGUGCAACAAGAAAUAAUGGCUCAGGAAAGCACGCAAGGCUUCGCUGAAGAUGUGACCAUCGAGGACCGCGUCGUCAAAUCUACAGUUCAAGACCUCGAGAUUCCGGACGGAGACUUUGCUGCUUUUCUCCUAAAUGUGUGGAAUAAGGAGCCCGACGCAACGGCGCUUAUUGAUGCGGCCACCGGGCAUCGCUACACCGGAAUGGAAAUCGUGGAUGCUUGCGAGCGUAUUGCCGCUGGAUUCCAAGCUAUCGGCCUCGAACCAGGAGACACAGUAGCAUUUGCGUCCGUCAACAGCAUCGACCUGGUGAUGGCGUUCAUCGCUGCCAUCUUCGCCGGCGCAAAGAUCACCUGCGUGAAGACCGCGUUUAAUGAGAGGGAGAUGACGCGAGUUCUCAUGACGACGAAACCGAGUGUGAUCUACUGCGACAUGGAAAGCGCUGACAAAGUUCAAGACGUGUGCCAACACGUGCCUUCCGUCAAGGCCCUGGUGACAGCUGGUGAGCGUGAAGGCAUGGCGAACAUCGCGAAGCUUAGGGAGACUCCUCGGAACCUUUUCAAGCGACCAGUGCCCGCUGACCCAGAGGACGUUGUCAUUGUGUUCCACUCCAGUGGGUCUACCGGUUUACCUAAGGCUGGCCUCAUAAGUCAUCGCAACUUCAUCGCAGAACUUGUGACUUUUGGCUACAAGAAUGAAGGAUUCGGCAAGGGAGACAUAUUCCUAGGGUACUUGCCGCUGAUGCACGCCGCCCCUCUGUGGCUUCUCUUCACAAUGCUCACCCACCACGUUCAACUUGUACUGGUGGCCGCCAAGGACCUGGGCUCAGUGCUUGCACCCAUUGCAAAAUACAAGGUGACCACGCUGAUACUAUACCCGACGCACGGCCUGCACAUCGUUCAGCGGGGCCUGCCACCCACCCUCGACGUGAGCAGUUUGCGAGCAGUGUACAUCGCCGGAAGCUCCAUUCCACAGCAGGUGCUCAGGCAACUCGGCCAGGUGUUCCAAGGCUGCCUGAUAAUUCACGGUUACGGCCUCACGGAAGCUUGCUGUGCCAUUGCCCACACACGAGGGCAAUGCCAUGACUUCAAGACGGCCGGAAUCCCUAUGCCUUACGUGAGCAUUAAGGUGGUGGACGUACACACGGGAAAGAAGCUCGGCCCUGAGGAGUGCGGCGAGAUCUGCGUCAAGGGGCCCACUUGCUUCAAAGGCUAUCUCGAUGCGCCUGAAGCUACCGCUUCUGUCUUCGACGACGAAGGAUUUGUCAGAACAGGCGACACGGGCUACUACACAUCGCGCGGCGAGCUUUACGUGUUGGACAGGAUCAAGGACAUUGUCAGGUGCAUGGACCAACAGGUGGCCCCAGCAGAGCUUGAGGAACUGCUCCAGGAGCACCCGGAUGUAACGCAGGCCGCGGUUGCUGGCGUGCCGCACCCCGAGUACGGCGAAGCGCCCAGGGCGUUCGUGGUGCUCGAGGAAGGACAGCGACCUGCCACCAAACAAGAGGAAGAAGCUAAGAAAGCGGCUCUCGCUGCUUACAUGAAAGGUCUGGUGGCACCUCACAAGCAACUGCAUGGCGGAAUUGAGUUCGUGGAUGCCAUACCACAGACCGAGACAGGAAAGCCGCACCGACGCCAGUUGAGAGAUACAUACCUACAGCGGAAAGAGGCUGCAACCGUACCUUGAACUCGGAAAACAAUGCCGGGAAGGCUGAGUCAUGCAAUGAGGCUCAUUAGCUGUGCUUGUCCCAUCUUCAAACUUUGGAUGACGAGAUAUCUGUUGGGUUUGACGAUGUAACCUACAUAAAAAUAAAUAUUAUAAACAGCCUGACUUUUAUAUUGUGGAAA